GGUGUCUCUCUGCCUGCAUUAUUUAUGCCUUAACUCAAUGGUUCUCAACUUUUUUCAGUGAAUUACCCCCUGUUGAUUAUUUUUUAAGCCAAGUAACCAGAGAAAAGCAUUUUUGGUAGGUAAAAAAGACAUGAAACACAGCACUUGAUUGAAUAAAUGUCUAAAUUAUUGUUCUUCUGUUGUGUUUGGAAUCAAAUAUACAAAUUGUAAACAAUGUAUUAACUUAUUUAUGAAUAAAGAUUGCUCCACAUUAAAUAAAUAUACCUAAAGUGCCCUCUUUUGGGAUUAUAAUACAAGUGUUUUAACUGCAAAUACAAGUUAACCCUUGUGCAACCUUCAGGCCCAAAACGGGCAUUACAUGUGUUUCUAAUGUGACAUGAUUGUUCAGUUUGAAGGUUAGCGGUUUGAAAUUCGGCCAGGGAAUUGCAUUGUAUUUAUGAUUUCAACGUUGUUAGAAAAGGGUAUAAACAAAGUAUACACACUUUCGACUAAGAAGUCUUUUGGCCCCUUGGACUCCCAUUAUUACUGCUAUUUUUUAACAGACUGCAAUCCUGAUACAUUACCAUGCUAUGUCCAUGAAAGCCAAAUUAAUCUCAUUCUUGCCAAUUAAAAAACAAGAAAAUAUUGUUUUGGUGUAAUUCCGCCUUUGAACCACCAGAUGGCAUCAAAAAACAUGAGCAUAAUUCUCAGAGCUUUGAUAAGCGUGAAUGAGGUAAACUGCUACUAAACGGCUGAAAUGCAAUGGAAAUUCUCUUGGGCAGGCAUCUAUAACAUGGCAAGUAUAUAUAAAAUGCUUGUGUGAACUUAAGUCAUUUUAGUUCAGUAAAACCAAAUUAAGGUAUUCAAGGCUGUAAUUGGCCACCUUCAAAUAUUGCAAAUAUUUUUUAGGAAUAUUGCUUUUUUUUUGCAUUUUCCCAUAUAAGUUAUUUUUGGACAAAAAGGUCAUGAAACAUAGGAAACCCAUUACAACAAAUUUUAGAUUUGAAGUUUUUAAAAUAUGUCAAGUUCUGAAAGUAAAAUGCUGACUUAUGACACUUUUAUGAAUAAGUGUAUACUCCGUCAAUUUAAUGGUUGAACAAAGAUUGAUUGCACUACUUUUUUUUUGUCUGUUACACUCAACCUCCCAUAAAAGUUAUGGACAUAUCUUUUUAGCGCCAAUGUACAAAAUCAACAGAAAGAUCUAAUACUACUGUAGUGUAUAUAUAUUCAAUUUUUUACAUUUGAUAUUUUAUAGUACUGGUGCCUCGAUUUGAGAACAAGAUGGCCCUAUGGUGCAAAGUGGUGCAGGUCAGUUGCAGUUGAACUAUAUUGUCGAAUAAAAAUAUACUACAUAAAGAUAAUAAAACAAAGCUCUAUUUUAACUAUAUGUGUUAUUUUACUACUGACACUAAAAUGUUGUCAGGGAAGGGGAAAUUUACCAUCAUAUCAGUUCUGUGGGCCUGCAUUGAACACGCUUCUCUGUUUCCUAAACAAGUAGAGGGAACUUUACAGUACAUUAAGUACGUAUGCAAAGUGUAAUAAGAUGCAAAAACUAAAACAAAUAAAUUGUGCUUAUGUUUGAGACUUUCUGGUGUAUUUGUUAUAAAAUACCUUUAUUAUUGAGGUGGUAGUUUGCAAUUUUGUAGAACUGCAGUGCAUUGGCCACGACAACUGGGCUGGCUCAUUUAGCAACAAUAAUGGUGCAACACUUGUUUUUUUUUGCAAAUAUCUAUUGUACCUGGAUAACCUGCAAUUGAUGCCAGUUUAGACAGGUAUGUUGCUGUGAACCUGCAGGUCAUAGUUUCCACCAGUGCAUGGCAUCAUGUAUUAAAGACAACACCACUGCACAGAGAUGGGAGGAGGUGAAGGAGGAGGAGGAGCAACCUUGCACAAGAUCUGUCCAAUAGCAUGGACAAACUAAAACUGGUUGCCUUUUCCAGUCCUCAAGAAGACCAGUCUUCUCUGCCAACACUCUGAACCGACACUGCAGCUUUAAAUCUGCCAAGUGCAGAGUUGGGGAUGACCUGUACAGGUAUCAUUGGCCGGCGUUGAAAAUGCUUUCGCUCCAACGUCAUACCUGGAGGUAACCCUGCUUUUCUGUGCUGCUGGCUCCUGGGCUACCCAGGGUGGUGAUGGUCUACUGGACCCCCCGGUGGGGGACAUGUGUCUGGCUUCAGACUCUUCUGGCCUCUGCCUUGGCCAUCUGUCCCUCACUGGCCCCAAACCCAGUCAACUUCUCUGUGAUUUACACCAUGCCAUUCUUCCAAGCGCGGGGCCCCAUCCAGAAUAUCGUCAACAACUCGCUCUACCAGGAGGUGUACGUAGCCUCUCAGAACGUGAUCGAAGCCGUUAACAGAAGCUUGGAGAAGGCGUGGGUGCUUCGCACUGGCCCGGUGGGAAGUCCGGAGUGUCAGGUUUGCGAUAAGUGCAAAAUCGACAAAGACCCCAACUUCCUGGAGGACACGAACAAUCAGGUGUUGCUGUUGGACACCCUCUUUAUGUAUUUGUAUUCCUGUGGAAGCUCCCUAUAUGGUGUGUGCUAUUUUCACCAACUCAACGCUAACGGAGAGCCGCCUUCUAUUUCAAAGUGUUUGUUCCGAGCUAAUUCCAACUCUGCGGCUUACUGUCCUGACUGCGUGGCCAGUCCUUUUGGUACCAAAGUCACCAUGGUGGAGGAGGGUCAGACGGUCUACUUCUUUGUGGCCACCACAGUCAAUGAAAGUGUGACUCAACGCUAUGGCAGGAAGUCUAUAUCAGUUCGCCGACCGCUGGCGACAGAGGAUGGCUUCUACAGUGAUGUUCGGGGCCUGACUGUCCUUCCUGGGCUGAGGGCCACUUACCAUAUUGAAUAUGUCUACAGCUUUUUCACUCAGGAGUUUGUCUACUUCCUCUCAGUUCAAAGAGAAAGCCCGCAUCAGGAAUCAUCGCCCUUUCAAACCCGCCUCGGCCGUCUACCACGCAAUGAAUGGGAGAUGAAACGAUAUCGGGAAGUCAUCCUAGAGUGUCGUUUUGAACCUAAACGGCGGCGGAGGAACGCAGCCAGCGAACCCUACAAGGAUGUGGUGUACAAUGUGGUUCAGGCAGCCCAUUUUGGCAAAGCAGGAAGGGAGCUAGCGGACGAGUUGGGAGCAGAGGAGGAGGACGACAUCCUCUAUGGCGUUUUUGCCGUCACCGACGACAAUGGAGUUACCGAGCAGGAUUCAGCCCUCUGCGCUUUCCCUAUGGACAAUGUGAAUAAAGCCAUCGCCGUUGGAGUGGACGACUGCUGUAAAUCUGGACCAGAGCAACUCUCGAGGGGGCUCUGCCACUUCCAGCCCUGUGAGAGCUGUCCUCAUGAGGGCAUGGAGAACAACGCCACAUGCAGAGACCAUCCAACAAUGGUUUCCAAGCCUUACUACAGAGUGGACCUGUUCAACCGACAGAUGACAAAUGUUCUGCUCACCUCCCUGUUGGUCACCACAAUUGACAACAAGACUGUUGCCCACAUUGGCACCUCCACCGGUCGAUUGCUGCAGCUUGUGCUGACGAGAUCAAGCCCUAUUAUAUUUGCAAACUACUCUUUGGUGGAGAACCAAAGGAUUUCAUCCAUUGCUGCUGUUUACUCAUCGGAGUAUCUCCUGUUUGUGGUUGGAGACAAGAUGAUUCAGGUCCCCCAGAGAGGACCAGGCUGUCAACACUUCCUGACCUGCGCAAUGUGCCUGACGGCCCCUAAAUUCAUGGGCUGUGGCUGGUGCUCUGGUGUCUGUUCAUGGGGGAGUGAGUGCUCCGAUCGUUGGAGGAAUGAGUCCUGCCCACCAAGGAUCACCGGGUUCUUUCCACGGACUGCUCCCCCUGAUGGUCAAACAGAGUUAACAGUGUGUGGAUGGGAGUUCCAGUCCCCUUUAAGACCCCCUAUCACCUCCAGAACCCACCAAGUACGACUGGGACCGACAGUCUGCAUUGUGCUUCCAGUCAAGUCUAACAACACACACCUGGUUUGUAAGAUUCGCUCCGGGACCACUGACCUGUCAAAACCAGUCAACAUUACAGUGGAAGUGCAUGAAGCCAAGUUAGAGGGACGCUACACUAUUGACGGGAAGGCAGAAAUGCCUGGCUUCACAUUUCUGAUUCCUAAUGUCACAGAAAUACAACCCAACUACGGCCCUCGCAUUGGUGGAACGUUGAUUACAGUAACUGGGGCGCACUUGGAUGCUGGAACCACAAGGAGAGUUACGCUCAAUGACGUGCCAUGUCCAAUUAUGAGUGUGACAGAACCUAAAGGCAACAUGUCAUCCAUUAUCUGUCUGUCGCAGCCUAUCUCAGAGGUGAGGGACGUCCCUUUGGGCGUUUUCAUCGACAAAUCUCCUAUUGUCACCACAAAAGUCUUUUACUACAAAGAAAACCCGAAGAUUACAGCCGUCCUGCCUGACUGCAGCUUCGACAGGGGGUCAAAAAUUGUGGUUGAAGGAGAGAACCUGGAUUCAGUUUAUCGCACCACCAUCCACUUCAAACCUAAUGAGAGCCACCUUAAGCCUGUGACAAGGGAGUGCAUCAGCAAGGCGUCGUCCACGAGGAUGGAAUGUGUUACUCCAGUAUUUCUCCGGGAUGAGACAGAAGAGGGAUGGCUUUCUUUUAACAUGGAUGGUGCAGUAGGACUUUGGAACAAAGAGUUUUCUUACCACCCCUACGGCCGGCCAAUACCAUUUGAAACAGAGGGACACGAGCUGCAUUUGUACCCUGGUUUUGAUGAAGUUUCGCUACACCAUCAGAAACUGAACCUCGUGAGCUCCUGUAUGACCAUCAUCAUGACAGUGGCAGGCGUUGAUUGUGACGCUAAAGUCCUGGAUAAUGAAAUCACCUGCAGGAUACCCAAAAACAUAACAAUCCCCAGUGAAGCUCUGCCAGUAAAGAUCUCCAUUAACGGACAAGUCCACAAUGUGGGCACAGUCAUCCGGGUCAACAACCACUCCAUGCUUGGGAUAACGUUGGGGAUCCUAACGGCUCUGGUUGCCGGUGCGGCGCUGGCCUUUGCUGUCAUGAAGCACUUGAGGAAGAAAAAGAAAGCCUCCAUGGCGGACACCCGUUUGACUCACAGUCGUAGCCGUUCUGGGACAAACAGUGUGGAGAUGUCACCCAUUGGAGACUACAGGAGAGCAGUAUCCCUGAGUCCUCCAACUCCCAGGGUUGGCUCUGUGUCCAUUCCGAGUCGCGCCUAUGAUGCAGGCGGUGUAGACGUUACCUUCACUCCUCUAAUGGCUGCAGAGAAAAUCUCCAUUUCCAGUUUCAGGCCAGAGCUUCUGGAGGAGGUGAAGGAUGUUCUUAUACCUGCGGAAAUGCUUAUUGUGCAGCACCAUCGGAUAAUUGGGAAGGGUCAUUUCGGAACAGUCUAUCACGGCUACUUCACAGACCUUAAUAACAGCAGAGAAAUACACUGCGCUGUCAAGUCUUUGAAUAGAAUAACCGAUGUUGAGGAGGUAGAGCAGUUUCUAAAAGAAGGUAUCAUAAUGAAGGGUUUCCAUCACACCAAUGUGCUAUCUCUGCUGGGCAUCCUUCUGCCUCAAGAAGGUCUCCCUCUGGUGGUUCUGCCUUACAUGAAACAUGGGGACCUGCGCCAUUUCAUACGCUGCGAGAAGAGGAACCCCACUGUAAAGGAUCUGAUUGGCUUCGGACUGCAGGUUGCCAAGGGGAUGGAGUAUUUGGCUCAGAAGAAAUUUGUCCACAGAGACCUUGCAGCACGUAACUGCAUGCUGGAUGAGUCAUAUACAGUCAAAGUGGCAGACUUUGGCAUGGCCAGAGAUGUUUUUGAUAAAGAGUAUUACAGUAUUCAAGACCACAGAAAGGCUAAACUUCCUGUCAAAUGGAUGGCGAUAGAAAGUCUGCGGACACAGAAGUUUACUUCUAAAUCUGAUGUGUGGUCCUUUGGUGUGCUGAUGUGGGAGAUGCUGACCAGAGGAGCAAGCCCUUACCCAGAGGUGGACCCAUAUGACAUAACACACUACUUAUUGAAGGGCAGAAGGCUCCCCCAGCCUCAGUACUGCCCUGACCCUUUGUAUAGCAUCAUGCUCCAGUGCUGGGACCCCGAUCCAGAGCUGCGGCCUAACUUUGCCACGCUGGUGUCGGCCGUCACCACCAUUCUGUCGGGCCUGGAGGGAGAGCACUACAUCAGUCUGAAUGUCACGUAUGUAAACAUGGACCAGCCACGGCCCUACCCAGCUCUUACCGAAUCUGCUGAUGAAUACGACUCGACUGAUGUCGAAGACUCGGGCUCAGUCUCGUCCUGAUGGAACUAACUAGCAUCAGGGCAACACACCCUGUGCGUGUGUGUGUGUGUGAGUGUGUGUGCAGCGUUGUCAAAGGCUUCCACAGCACACCCAAGCACCUGGGGUGAAAAGGCGUCACUUAAGAGUUGAUGUGAACUUUAAAACGGUAGCAAAUCAUGUCUACAAAUAUAUUUAUGUUUAUUUCUAACAUGUUGUCCUCAUGUGUAGCGAGUUGUAUGGGCCAUGUCUCAUAUUUCAAUGUUAUAAGCCACAUUAUUCAUUGUUUUGUAGACACAUCAUAUGCGACAUGGACUUACCACAACAUUUGGUGCAUCUCAUCUUAAUGUUCUGGCGUGUAGCAUUGCUUGGUUACAAUAUUUUUGUUGUCAUACCUCAACUUACAAGCCUAAUUGGUUCUGUGACAGCGCUCUUUAACUCAAGCACAUCAUUUUGUAUUGAUUUGAUAGAAAAAAAACAAUACAAUAGAUUGUACUGCAAACAACUAUAGUAGUUGUAUGAAGUAAUAUAGUAUUAAUGUACAGUAUUUACCUUGGAGAGUAGUCUCCUACGGUAUCUCCUUCCAGCGGAUUUUCCGUCAAACACACCACCAGCAGUUUCUCCAUAUUUUCAUGGAUAAAUGUCUGCCGUUUAGAUAUUAUUUUAACAUUCCUGGCUGGCAUUAGACUCUGCAUUAUGCUUCAGUACGGUGCAGACUAGCAUCGACAAGUUGGCAACACGCUCAGUUAUGUUUUUGAUUAUUUAGUUUUUAAAUUGAAUGAAUAUCCUCUGUUUCGUCUCAGCACGGUCCUUUACCAGGCAUGUAAAAUGUCUGGGAAAACUCAAAAAUCUGCUUUUUUUAACAUUAAUUUUCGUGUUUUUUUAAUGAAAUAUCCAAAAAAACAAAACGAUCCAAACAAAACUUGUUGAACGCUCGCCUCAGCUGCAGGUACUCGCUCUUCCUCUUGUCUAAAUGCCACGCAGGACAGGGAGACGAUCCGGAGCACCAAAGCAAGCUUGCUAGCUUACCUUCGCUCGCUCUCCACUUUGCUGCUAAUCAUACUUGGAUGAUUACAAUCCAAACACUGUUAGUAUUUAUUAGUAGCCAGCGAGAAGGUAUAUUUUUGACGUGACGGAUGUAAACAGAGGUCACAACACCGGAAGUAUAUUACCCUAGGGGGCGUGGCUACAGGAUAGAGUUGCCAAAUGGGAAACGUUUUUUGAGUUCUUUGCAUGCAUGUUAUAGAAUGUUACAUUACAUUUUCAAUGAUAAUAAUUAGAGAUGUCCGAUAAUAUCGGGCUGCCGACAUUAUCGGCCGAUAAAUGCUUUAAAAUGUAAUUUUGGAAAUUAUCGGUAUCUGUUUCAAAAAGUAAAAUUGAUGACUUUUUAAAAUGCCGCUGUGUACACGAACGUGGGGAGAAGUACAGAGCGCCAAUAAACCUUAAAGGCACUGCCUUUGCGUGCCGGCCCAAUCACAUAAUAUCUACGGCUUUUCACAAGUGAAUGCAAGGCAUACUUGGUCAACAGCCAUACAGGUCACACUGAGGGUGGCCGUAUAAACAACUUUAACACUGUUACAAAUAUGCGGCACACUGUGAACCCACACCAAACAAGAAUGACAAACACGUUUCGGGAGAACAUCCGCACCGUAACACAACAUAAACACAACAGAACAAAUACACAGAACCCCUUGCAGCACUAACUCUUCCGGGACGCUACAAUAUACACUCCCCUUGUUACAUUGUUUAAUGCAUCCAGCGGGGCAUCACAACAAAAUUAGGCAUAAUAAUGUGUUAAUUCCCCGACUGUAUAUAUCGGUAUCGGUUGAUAUCGGAAUCGGUAAUUAAGUGUUGGACAAUAUCGGAAUAUCGGCAAAAAAGCCAUUAUCGGACAUCUCUAAUAAUAAUGUGGGGAAUGAUCUCCUACAAAACAAAAAAACUCUGUGGUACAUUCCAUGGGACAUGCAAGUGUCAAAAAGACAACCAAAAGAGGUUGGUAGAUGAGAAUGAUUCUAAAGGUAAAAUAUAGUGUAGAGAUGGACCCACUUGCAGGAAAUGUAGUCAUGAUUUUCAUAAUAUUCUUUUGGAGCUCGCGUGGCAGCACUUUAUGCUGAUAGAAGUUUUUUUUUUCCUUUUUUCCCUCAAAUUGUGCUCACGUGCCUGUUCACAAUUAGUUGGAAAAACAAUGUUAUGUUCAUUUAUAGCUACAAGCUAAUGCCACCGAGUAAGACCGGAUCAAUUGGUUGAAUUUAUGAGGUUCACUGCGACAUUUGCUUGCAACUCACUUGCAACUUAAAGCAUAACAAAUAGCUGAGGUAUGAUGCAAGAACAUUACACUACAAGCACAAUAUCAAACAUUGUUACAGGCAGCGUUUAUGUUCAAUCUUAUGCAGGUGUAUCUUAAAUUGUGGCCAUGAGGUGUUCAGUGAAAUUCCUCCCAGUUUGCAACAGUACCUCACAAAUAGCACAUCAACAAAUUAUCCAAUAUAAGCUGGUUUUGCUUUUCUACACUCGGGGACUUUAUGUCCUGAUUUGAACUCUUCUGCAUGAAUUGUCGUGUGUACUUUGUAUCACACCUCCAAUAUGUACCAUGUUGUUCCAAAAGCUAAAUCUAAUGCUGCUUGGAUUGACCAAAUGUCUUUAAGACAGUGUCGUGAAUUAAAAUAUUUAUUUGUUUAUAAUUUUGUUAUUGAUGUGAUAGGUCCAG